AUGUCCAAGGUCAAGACCUUAGCACUUGCCUCUUUCCUCUCUAUGGGAGUAAUGGCGAUCCCUAUCGUCUCCUACGCCGGCCACUUUUAUGAAGGUUGCACUGGCCCCAGCAUUACAGCUACCAAUGUUGCAGCAUCAUACUGCUCCAAUGUGGAAAAUUUUCCGAUCAAAUCUUUCACGGCCUAUGUAUCCUCUGGGGCCUGUGAUAAUGCCAAAACUCCGGUUUUGAAUGUCUACACUGAAGCGAAUUGUGGAUCUGGGUUGUUUAAGACGGUGGACGUGGGUAGUGAGAAGCAGUGUAUUGAGGCGGAUACCACCAUUGUGAGCCUGGGGGUUGAGUGUGUUUAG